AUGGAAACUGAACAAAAAACAUUAGACAAUUUCAUCAAGAACAGAAAACGGCCUGUCAACGAUCAUGACUUAUGUAAAAAUGAACUGAUGAACAAUACUGUUGAAAUUAACAACCUUAGUAUAAAAUUAUCAUUUGAUGGUCCUGUACUUCAAAGCAUUAAAAAGCAAAAGAUUGAAAAUGGUGUAAAACUUAAACACACAUUGCAUGUUUCUAAUGCAGUUAAUAAUAAUUUUUUAGAAGAAAAAGAAAAAAAAUACGGUGUUAACCCAGAGAAAACUAUAACUCCUGAACAAUCACCAUCCACUAAGACUCAAUUACGACAAAUUUUGGAUUUAGGUGAAUUUAAUAAAAUUGUUUGUUGUAAGCAAAACAUUAAAAAACUUCAAGAAAAGCUUCACUUGGUAGAACAAUGUCAAAAUGAUCUUAAGUCUACAGAAUCUGAAGUUGAAACAACUAAAUAUAAUUGUUUACCUAUGUCUGAAUCAAAUGAUUUCAAGAUUAGUACUAGUUCAGUAAAAUAUUCUCAACAAAAACCAUUAUUUCCUAGUCCUAGAAGAGUAAUGAUGGACCAUCAGCCAAAACUGACUAAAAUAUUACUUAAUGAUGUUGGAUCUGUUAUGACUAUUUCACCAUCAAAACAGUAUUCUGCGUUGACAGAUUCUAAAACAUUACCUUUGCCAUUGAAAUUUCGAAUUUUGAAUGAAAUGUUUAAAGUUAUGGAAACAGUAUUAUCUAUGAGAUUUUCAAGAAAAGAAAAAAUAACAUUUUAUAAGCUCAAACAAAAUAUUCAGCAAAUAACUAAAAAGAAUUUUACUUUAUUACAUUUGGCUCAAAUUAAAACCAUUGUUCCCGACUUUUUCCAGUUUUCCUUAGUGAAAUCAUCAAAAGGCAAAUUUAGUAUUGAUUUAGUAAUAGCUCCAGUUUAUGGUUUAGCACACAAAGAUAACAUUGACCUAGUACAACUAACAAUUCGGAGAAAAAACACAUUUUAUAAUGCGUUAAUAGACAUUAUGAAAGUACACCAUGCAGAAUAUUUGAACCAAUUAAUUCCUCCUAUCUUCAUUGAUAAAGAUAAAAUUACCAGAUGGCACCCUGAGUUUGAUGUUGAAUCUGUGCCAAAUAUCAAUCCAUCGCCAUUGCCUAAGAUUGAAAUUGAUAAGUCAAAAAUAUCAACUGCAAAAGACAUAUUAGAUCAAACACAUGCAUUGUUUAUUUAUAAUAGUUGUUUAAAUCGAGCCCCUACUGCAAUAAUGAAUGAAAACCACAACAAUUUAAUUGAAAUAAAAUUACCUACAGAAGAUGCAAAAAACACCUUAAGAAGUGCACUUAUUGGCAUUCCUAAAUUAUUUUUAACUAAGAUCCAAUCUAAACAAAUUGAAAAAGCAAGAGGACUAAUGACGAGGUCAGUUAGUCAAUUAAAUGAAGAUAAAAUGAUGAUCAGAUUACCAGACAUUGCUCGGAGAAUGCGAACUUACUUUGUACAACUUCAAAGAAAUGUCAUGCCACUAAAAAAAGUUAUUGACCAAUUAAAACAAAGUUAUCCUGAGGCUAUGACGGACAAGGAUUGGGAAACUCACUUAAAUCUUCUUCAAGAAAAAGUACCCCACUGGGCUAUAUCAAAAAUAGUAGAUGGAACUCAAUACAUUCGUGUUGAUAAAAAAACUAAUUUUGAAGAAUGUGUGAUUAAAAAAUUAAAAAAUAAUUUCUAA